AGUUCUGUCACCUGUCGGCGGCGGUUUUUUUUUUUGGUGCUUGGUGGUUGUUUUGACUUUUGAUAAAAUUGAGGAGCCAAAAUAACCUACGAUCUUUCGUAGCGUUUUCUGUAUUUAUUAUCUAAAUUCUGCUUGUUUUUAUCAAUUAUGAAAAUAAAUCGAGGAGCCCUAAUAGUUGUCGAAGGGUUGGACAGAACUGGGAAGUCAACGCAGUGUAAAGCACUUGUUGAGAGAUUGAAAAAACAUGAUAUUCAAGCAGAGGCCACCAAUUUUCCUGCACGUAAUACAGAAAUAGGUAAAGUGAUUGAUAGCUAUUUGAAGUCACAGAAUAAUCUAUCAGAUGAGACUAUUCAUCUGCUCUUUUCAGCAAAUCGUUGGGAAAGGGCCAAUGAAAUAAUGAAGACUUUAGAAAAGGGCAUUAGUGUAAUAGUAGAUAGGUAUUGCUACUCUGGGGUUGCUUUUACUGCUGCUAAAGGAUUAAAUAUUGACUGGUGUAAAGCACCCGACGUUGGCCUGCCCAAGCCCGACAAAGUGUUCUUCCUAACAAUGCCUUUAGAAAGUGUUCAGCAAAGGAAAGGAUAUGGAAAUGAAAGGUAUGAGGUUCUUGCUUUCCAGAAAAGAGUCGCAGAAAUGUAUCUUAAGUUGCAGGAUGAGACUUGGGACAUAAUCGAUGCAAACAGGACAAUGGAAUGUAUUGAAGAGGAAUUAUUGCAAAAAGCACUGAAUGUUAUAAACAAAAUAGAGAAUAAACCAGUGGGAAAAGUAUGGUCACCAUCUACUGAAGCAUUUAUACUAGAAAAAUAAGAAUAAAAGAGCCCCUUUACACUAGUUUCACAGUUAGCAUAAAUGUGCAGUGCACAUUAUGAUGUAAAUUGUACAAAUUUGUUGUGAAUGUCACACAUGGAACGGAAGAAAGUUUGUUACUGAUUAGAUGACUGACUGACCACAAAUGUUAAGGGGCUCCAAACUUUUAUUUUGUAAUUUUUAAUAAUCAUGAAUGAUGCUAAGUAUUACUAAAAGGAUGAAAUAAAUAUUUUAGUAGUA